AUGUUAUCGAAAACCGCCCAAUUUUAUCUCGGAACAGCGUUUACCACGUCUCCGUUCAAGGGCAACCCAGCGGCCGUACUCUUCUUGGACACACUGGAGUCUAUAUCUAUUGAAACUUUGGGAGAAUAUGCCAAAAACUUUAACCAACCAAUGCUUUCCGUGGUAUCGCCCUCCUCCCUUCCAUCAGAUAGAAAGAAAACUUUGCUACGUUCUGUGAGGUUCUUUGCCCCAAAUGGCAAGCCCGUGCCAAUUUGUGGCCAUGGGCUGCUUGUCGCUAGCAAGCUGGUGUUCUCUUUACCUGAAGCCGUAGCUUGUGGUAUAGAUACUAUCCGCUUUGAAAACGGGCACGGGCAAAUUUUAUCGGCUUUCAAACACGAUGACGGAUCCGUGGCGAUAGAAAUACCUGCUACCAUUCCUGGCAUCGUUUCAGACGAGCACAAGGAAAGAAUCAAGGAAGCAGUCUACAAAUCCUUUGGAAGGGAAGUUAAAAUAGAUGAUAUCGUUAACGGUGGUGAGGUCUACGGCCAAUAUGUCCUAGUGAAAUUGCAUGAAAAUGAAGACUUAGCCGGAUCCUCUGUAAACGCAAAAGAAUUAAUAUCCACUGGUUUUAGCGUCAAUGUUUUCACAACUAAAUCGCCGACCUCGGAUCAACUGUUUGUCUCCCGCAUGUUCUCUCCCUCAAUGUUACCCGAGCCAUAUGAGGACCAUGUUUGUGGCUCGGCGCAUGGUGUGCUGGCGCCAUACUGGUCUUCGAAAUUGCCAAUCAAACCAGGCGAGCAGUUCAAAGCAAAGAUGGUUAGCCAUCGAAGUGGGGAUCUGAAUUUGACAUAUAUGAAGGCAGAAGGGAUACUAAAACUAAGCGGUGACGUCACAAUUUUUGCUUCUGGGACUGUCCCUUUAGCCACUCUUUAA